AUGCCACAAAAAGCCCUCAAGGUUACCAAGAAAGCAAAGGAUCCUCGCAGGAUUACCAAGAAACAAAAGAACUUGAAAAAGGCCGCUCCUCUACAGAUCAAAUCAAAGAAACAAUCGCUCCAGCACCUAAAGAAACUUAACAAGACAUAUUCCAUCACUGAAGCUACUGAAAGACUAAUAGCGAGUCGUGUGGGUCAUUUAGAGUUGUUGAAGGGUACUCGUAAGCAGCUUGAGAAACAUGAGAAGAAGCUUGGAACUACCAAUAAAAAAUAG